AUGGACACAAGCAGAACAAUCCUCAUCCGUGAAAACUCAACCCAUGAAGUAGUACUAGCCAUCGACGAGAGGACAGCUUUGGCGAACGAGAGGCUCAAGGCCGAAUUUUACAAGGUGGACACCAAGAUCCACCGGUUCCCCCGCAGCCUCCAGGGGAUUGGCGGCGACAACGACCGCUACAUCGUGCCCAGCGUGGUGGCCAUCGGCCCGUACCACCAUGGCUCGCCGCACCUGCAGAAGAUGGAGGAGGUCAAGCUCGCCGCGGCCUACCACCUUUGCAGACACUCGGGUCGCUCCUCGUCGUCCAUGGAGGUCUACGAGAAGAUCUUGUCUGUCGUAGACGACGCCCGCGGCUCCUACGACGUCAAAGACCCGUCGGUUUUUGGCCUGAGCAACCACGAGUUCGCGGCCAUGAUGUUCCUCGACGGCUGCUUCCUACUCCAGUACAUGAUCGGCGGCGGGGACGUGCCUGUGCUGCAGAACUGGAUGACACCCAGCAUCGAGAGGGACAUCUUCUUGCUCGAGAACCAGAUCCCCUGGUUGGUGCUUGAGGUGCUCAUAGAGUUCAUGCCCGUCGAUGUGCUAAGGUUUGUCCGCGGAGUGCAGGAGAAGUUUCACCCCGGAAAGGCCAAGGAGAAGAAGGUCCGGCCGUUGCCUGACGACGACGACCGCGGCGUCGGCGGCCGCGGCGACUACAAGCCGCCGCAUCUCCUUGGCCUGCUAUGGUACAUUCUUCAGAUCCAUAGCAUGCCAGAGCGCGUGCAGAACUACAGCUACAGGCCGCGGCCGUUGAAGUCCAGCAACGCCGUGGAGCUCGCGGAGAUCGGCAUCAGGUUGGCACCCAGCACGAAGCCAUGGUUCUGGGACAUGAGCUUCCGCCGGGGCCGCCUGUUCGGCGAGCUGUGUCCCUGUCGCCGGUGCUCCUGA